UAAAGGCUGAAAACCCGGGUCACCUCUGAGGAAGAUCUCGGACAUGGAGUCCAGGAUGUGGCCUGCACUGCUGCUGUCCCAUCUCCUCCCUCUCUGGCCACUGCUGUUGCUGCCCCUCCCACCGCCUGCUCAAGGUUCCUCCUUCUCCCCUCAAACCCCACCAGCCCCUGCCCGGCCCCCCUGUGCCCGGGGAGGCCCCUCGGCCCCACGCCACGUGUGCGUGUGGGAGCGGGCACCCCCACCAAGCCGAUCCCCUCGGGUCCCAAGAUCACGUCGGCAAGUCCUGCCAGGCACAGCGCCCCCAGCCACCCCAUCAGGCUUUGAGGAGGGGCCACCCUCAUCCCAGUACCCCUGGGCUAUUGUGUGGGGCCCAACAGUGUCUCGAGAGGAUGGGGGGGACCCCAACUCUGCCAAUCCUGGAUUUCUGCCCCUGGACUAUGGUUUUGCAGCCCCCCAUGGGCUGGCUACCCCACACCCCAACUCAGACUCCAUGCGGGGUGAUGGAGACGGGCUCAUCCUUGGAGAAGCACCUGCCACCCUGCGGCCGUUCCUGUUCGGGGGCCGUGGGGAAGGUGUGGACCCUCAGCUCUAUGUCACAAUUACCAUCUCCAUCAUCAUUGUCCUGGUAGCCACCGGCAUCAUCUUCAAGUUCUGCUGGGACCGCAGCCAGAAGCGGCGCAGGCCCUCUGGGCAGCAAGGUGCCCUGAGGCAGGAGGAGAGCCAGCAGCCGUUGACAGACCUGUCCCCAGCUGGGGUCACUGUGCUGGGGGCUUUCGGGGACUCGCCCACCCCCACCCCUGACCAUGAGGAGCCCCGAGGGGGACCCCGGCCGGGGAUGCCCCAGCCCAAGGGGGCUCCAGCCUUCCAGUUGAACCGGAUUCCCCUGGUGAAUCUGUGAUGCCCCCCAAUGUUGGGGAGCCGCCAAGCAGGAGGCCAAGGGGCUGGCAUAGCCCCCAACCCGCUGAGGGUGGGGCGGCUGUGGGCGCGGGGGCUCCUGCCCUGAACCGCACUUCGGAAUGCUCCCUGGCCUACAGGCGAGCCCAGCUGUCACCCUCCUUUAGGUGGGGGCCUCACAUAUCUGUGGCUUCUGGUCCCCCCCUCCUCACCCUUGCACACUCACAUGAAAGCCUUGUACACUCACCUCUCUCCUCACAGGCCCUUGCACACACUCACGCUCUUGUACAGCCAGUCUCCCUGUCCAUACCUCUCCCCUCUGAGGACCUUCCCUUUUGUUUCACAGUUUUCGCUUUCUCUUCUCCCACAUCCCGGCACUCAGCCCAUCACUCAGUGGCCAGCGGGUGACUCCCGUGACCUCUCAUGUGCAUUUCCUGGCCCCGUGUUGUGAUGUUGUGUGUUGUGCCCACACUCUGCCUCGUGAACACCCACUGACCCAGUUUCUGUAGCCCCUGCAUGCUGCCCCGAGGUGGGUGGGAGGCGAGCUGGGGGCUCCCCAGGCCCCCCCUCUGUCCCGGUCCCAUCCCGGUCCACAUCAUGGGUUUCGCUGUCUCCCCCAUCCCGCUCUGAGGGCACACGCAUUACCCUGCAGGCUCCCCCAUGGGAAUGGGAGCAGUGAGGCCCCCAACUCCUCCCCCUCCCCACUGCUAAAUUAUGUUGUCUGGGAGAUGGCUUUUGGGGAGUCACCUGCUGCACCACAUGAGAAAGGGGCUCCCGUUUGCCCUCCCCUGGCUCCUUAGUCCCUGUCUUGUCUGUCUUGGCUAUCCGUGUAUGUCACUCUGGAAUUCAGAGCAACCCUCGCCCCAGUCCUCCACUUCCCAGCCUCCCUGAGGGCCUCCCUAACUCCACCUAGGCUGCCAGGGGACUGGAGCCAGCUGGUUCAAGGCCAUCGGGAGCUCUGCCUCCCAAUUUCCCCCUCUCUGCCCCCCUCCCUCCCUGGUUCCUCUGCUCUCCCUCCUCUCGCCCCCACCCCUGAGGUCUGUCCCGACUUCUCACAGCUUUCCCACCUUCCUUCUUGCCUCUCUUACCUGGCUCCUAUGCUGUGAUAUAUAUUUUUGUAUUAUCUCUUUCUUCUUGUGGUGAUAAUCUUGAA